UACCUACUAUAUGAUAUAGGGAAUGUGCGUUCAUUGAUCUUUUAAUUGUGCUGUAGCCUUCAAUGCCAUAUCGAGAGCUCGAUGUCAUACUAUGUACAAAAAAAGCUGCGUCAUACGAUCUGAUCCACAGACGUAGCUUCCGAAAAUCCCACCAUUGGACCGACAUCUACAAUUACUUCACAUUAUUCUUGCAGAGAACCCAGAAGAAGACUCGGCACUGCUCUUGUUCAUCACUUCUGUCCAGGAAAUUACCAUCCUGUGCGGUCUCUACUGCACCUACUAUGGCCAAGUCUAGCGCAUAGGUACGCCGAAUUCGACAACAACGGAUCCUUUAGCCUACGGCUGAGUGUCACCACGGCUGAAACGAAUUUUUCCAUAUCUAACUCACCUUUUCAUGCUAAAGAGAUGGGUGGUAACGGCCAGUCCGGCCCGAUCGGCUUGAAAUGGCGGUCGAAUACCCUCUUCGUCUGCUGCACAGUCGGCAUCGGAGCGUUUACGGAUCUCUUCCUCUACGAAUUGAUUGUUCCGGUCCUUCCUUUCAUGCUCAAGGAUCGUGUUCACGUCCCCGAUGCGCGGAUUCAAAGCACCAUAUCCGACUUGCUCGCUGUCUACGCCGCAGCGUCAUGUUUGACAUCUCCAAUUGCCGGUAUACUGGCCGACAGACUUGCUUCCUCCCGGCAGCUCCCAUUCCUUCUCGGUCUUAUUCUCCUGUUGCUGUCCACUAUCUUACUUGCAUUCGGCAAGAGCGUUCCGGUAUUAGUUCUUGCCCGCCUACUCCAAGGUGCUUCAGGCGGCAUAGUGUGGACGAUAGGACUCGCUAUUUUGAUCGAGACCGUGGGUCGCGAAAAUCUGGGGAAGACAAUCGGUACAAUAUUCAGCUUCAUUACCGUGGGGUCGUUCUUCGCCCCGACAUUAGGAGGCGUGCUCUACGCCAAAAUAGGCUACAACGGCGUCUUCGGCGUCAGCAUCGCGGUUAUCGUCGUCGACUUUGUUCUGCGCCUGUUCAUGGUCGAGAAGAAGGUUGCGGCCAGAUAUUUGCCUCCUAGCCCAGAGAGCCCACCAUCGUCAAGCUCCGAGGGUCUAGAUGCUACCGAAUCAACUCCUCUACUGGCAAACAGAUCGCAGGAGCUAAACGCGUACCACCUCUCCGAACCGAAGCAUCGCAUAACGAAAGCCUUCCCAAUUCUCCUUGUCCUCCUUGAUCCAGGACUUCUGACCGCUCUUUUUAUCGGCUUCAUACAGGCUCUGCUUCUCGGCGCUUUCGACGCAACGGUCCCUCUAGUCGCGUCAACGCGGUAUGGCUUUGACAGCCUGAAGGCUGGCCUGCUCUUCGUUCCACUCGCUAGCGCGGACUUCUUCCUUGGGCCAGUGUUUGGAUGGUGUGUUGAUCGAUGGGGUACGCGGCCCGUCUCUGUCAUCGGCUUCUUAUGGCUCGUUCCCUCUUUGGUACUCUUACGGCUACCCACCGAAGAAACUGUCACAGACCAUCUUGCAAUGGGUCACGAAAUCGCACUCUACGCCUCCCUGCUUGCUCUCAACGGCAUCGGCCUCGCCAUCAUCAAUUCGACAUCGAUAGUGGAGUCCGGCAAUAUCGUCGAGAAGUACUGGGAAGCGAAUAAGGAGUUGUUCAAUCAGGCGCCGUAUGCGCAAUUAUACGGCAUCAACAGCAUGAUAUGGAGCGGAGGUCUGACUAUCGGGCCGCUCGUCGGUGGAACCUUGAGAGAGAAAAUCGGCUAUGGCAACAUGAAUGCCGUAUUGGCAGGCAUAUGCGCGGUAACCACAGUAUUCGCAGCACUUUUCGUGGGUGUGAGACGUAGGAACGGUGAUGAGGGUAGUGACGGACAUACGUAGGGGAUAGCGGUGAAGCAGAUGUUCUAGGACAGUAUGCUUACACGAGCGCGUAGUACCGCCACAUAUGAACCAAUUUCUGCGGAAUAUGAUCCUCGGGCAAAGACUUUCGAGUUAAAAGUGCAUUGUGGUAGACUGAUUCUCGAAGCUUCUGCAUCCACA